CAACAAGUUGAACGUCGCAAUGGAUGGAUCAAUGUUGGAGACCUUCAUGGGGCAGUUCACUUCAAGAUCGUCAAAUAUGAGCGCAUCAAGUUCCUGUCAUAGCCUUACGUGACUCUAUUGAAAUGCAUGGGCUCCUAAACCUUAUCACAAAUUUUAUGGCAUUUAAG